GCCCCUACCUCUGCUCCCCCGACCGGGUACCGGAGGGGGGAGCCGGGCGUUGAGCGCUGCCGGUUGGGGUGCCAGCGCUUUCGGCUCGGCACGCGUCGGAUGCGGUCCCAGACGGAACGGCGGAGCCCCGGGGGCAUCCCGCGCAGGUGCGUGGGAUGAAGGGAGCCUGACACCCAUCCACAGCGGAGAGGAGACACCCGCUGCCCGCCAUGAGCCGGGUGCUGCUGUCCGGCAGGAUGCACCCCGAAGGCCGCAGCGUCUGUGUUUUCCUGCCUGACCGGGAGCAGCUCAGCCUGACUGUGGGGGUCAAAGCCACCGGACAGGAGCUCUUUCAGCAAGUUUGUGAUUUAGUGAAGAUUAAAGAGCCUCACUUCUUUGGCCUCAGCAUUGUUAAAAAUAACGAAUAUGUUUUCAUAGACCUGGAGCAGAAGCUUAGCAAAUACUUCUCAAAGGAAUGGAAGAAAGAAACCAGCAAAGGAACAGAGAAAUUCAUCCCUCCUUUUGUUGCAUUCUUUAGAGUACAAUACUAUGUAGAAAAUGGAAGGGUAAUAAGUGAUAAGGUGGCAAGGCAGUUCUACUACUGCCAUCUCAAAGAGCAAGUACUUAUGUCUCGGUGCAACCACAAAGAAGAAAUCUACUUUCUGCUGGCUGCUUACAGUUUACAGGCAGACUUGGGAAACUACAGGGAGGAGGUCCAUACUGGGAAAUAUUUCGAACCUCAGGCAUAUUUCCCACAAUGGAUAAUUGCAAAGAGGGGGAGUGAUUACAUCUUGAAACAUGCCCCAGAGAUGCACCGAGAACAGCAAGGCUUGAGUGCAAAGGAUGCUGUGCUGAAGUUCAUUAAGGAGUCCUGCUUGUUGGAAGAUGUACCUGUCCACUUCUACAGGCUGCAGAAGGAUAAGAAGGAGGAUCGCCCGACAGUUAUCCUGGGCCUGACCCUUAGAGGAAUGCACAUCUAUCAGGAGGUGAACCAUGUUCGUCAGCUCCUCUACGACUUCCCCUGGUCGCACAUUGGGAAGCUGGCUUUUUUGGGGAAAAAAUUUGAGAUCCAGCCAGAUGGUUUGCCCUCUGCACGGAAACUGGUUUACUACACAGGCUGCCCCUUCAGGUCACGGCACCUGCUGCAGCUCCUCAGCAACAGCCACCGGCUCUUUCUAAAUAUCCAGCCAGUGUUGAAGCAAAUCCAAAAGCUGGAGGAGGCUGAAGAGAAGAAGCGCUACCGGGAAUCCUAUAUCAGUGACACACUGGACAUGGACCUGGAUCCAUGUGAUAAGAACUCACGUGGCAGCGGGAGCAGUGGAGGCAGCCGGAGAGAUAAUCGUCUGUCACGUCAGUCCACAGGGAGUCAUGGCAGCUCUCACACAUCAGGCAUCGAGGCUGACUCAAGGCACCGUGUGUCAGUAGAAAUGUCAGUGGACGAGCCCUUUGGUAUUGACCGGGUGCACAGGAAAGAGAAAUCCUGCAGCUCAACCAUCAGCUACGGAAGCUCUGGCAUUGACAGUGGCAGCAAAGGAAGGGCUGAAGAUGACUCUCAGGAUGAUGAUCUUGAGCUGGCAGUAGAUGAGCCAGAGGAGGUGCCUGUAGAUGAGCCUUUAGAGGGAGACCAGUUAGAGGAGGCCACUGUGGGAGAAUCUUUUGAAUCUCUUCCUCUAGAUGCUGCUAGCUGCCAAGCUAUAAAUCAAGAAUCGCUGCCUGUGGUGCAAGUCACACUAAUAAAAAUGAGAGGUCAAAGUGUGGAGUCCCUUCAGCAGGUCAAGUUACCCAAGGGCAGGAGCUGCACAGACCAGCACAGCCAGAGUUUGGAUGACAUUCGCCUCUACAAACACCGGCAUCCACCACUAAGUGCCACGCUGUCAUCGGACACGUCCCACAGCUACACGUUUGGCUGCAGCCUGGAAGAUAAACUGGCUAUCUAUGGCUGUGUUUAUUCCACAGCAGACUGCAAAACCAAGUCUGCCCUUUAUGGGAAGCGAUCCAUGAACUGCCUCUCCUUGGAUCUUCUGGGAGAGGACCAGCUGCCAGAGGAGUUUGUGGUGUAAGGAGACUGGAGCUCUUCCAUACCCAGGGAAACAGCUCGUUGUGGAAAUAUAUACCUCAUUAACACAUGUGAUGUCACUGGUUCUUGCAGGAGAUUGAGCAGCUUUGUUACUCAGCUCCCUGAUCAGUAAGUGGCAUCACUUCUGCAGGCCUAUCUACAGGGCAAAUCAACUGGAGUGUAGCACUUAAUGUUGGCACUGAAGUGUCUGUUGAGCAGAAAGUGGAAAGUGGCCUGCACCAUUAGCAGCAAUCAAAAAACCCCACAGAACAGUAGGCCGAAAUUGAUACUUAGCUGGAGAAACAAGCAUCGUGUCUAAACGAUUUAUCAAAAAUAAAUAUAGAAGGUCCACAUCAGUUUAGCUUACUGCCUUUCUCUUCUGGUCUGUAUGUUGAUGCUAGUAUAGCAGAUAGUUGGGUUGUUUAGAGCUUGUGCUGCUGCAACACUGCCAACAGCUGUCAGGCCGGGAUAUACUCUGAGCAUAUUUGGAGUUCUGUGUAUGGUAAAUGUGUUUGGUAAAUAAGUAGUUACAUCCUUGAGGGAGAUUAGGGGGAAAAGAUGGAACAAAUGAUCUGGCCACUUCUGAGCAUACAAGGAUGACUUAAGAGCAGUAAAUAACUGGUUCUUGAAGACAGGACUGUGACGGGAGAAUUUCACAAGGCAUGAUGGCCCCCUAUAUUGAAUCAUAUGUUUCUGUGUAAGUGUAUGUGGUGCAGGGAUAUAACAUCAGGCCAUCAGAUGUAUCUGCAUUUACUGAAGUGGCAUCAGUGGCUGUAUGUUCUCAGAGGUGAACCCGGCACAAACCCUAACUGUGUUUGAUGAAUGAGUGAUGGACACAAGCUCUCUGUAACCACAACUCGGCUGAUUGUGCCCUCUUCGAUCACACUGUACUUUCUUCUUGUAAUGAGCAGCUUCCAUCCUUCCAAGCAAAGCCAAAAUGCCUUUAGAGUACUUGAGGUAUAUUUAUUAUAUCCAAAAGGUCCUUUCACCAUUUAGGCAAAUUUAUCUGGCUGCCUUCCCUGAUAUCUUGGGUGUCAUAUCAUUGUUGGGUGUCAUAAAACCUUAGAAGCUUACUGAAGCAGUGCCUGACAGCAGUGAAAUUGGCUCUUUAAGGAGUAUUUUUUGCCUUGUAUGUACAUGUUCCUUGUAUUUAUUCACAGCUGGUGGGGAAGGCAAGCUCUCCCAAGUCUGACCAUCGUUAUUCAGUGGUCUACACAUCUCCCUCCAGUACUGUAAGUUAAAUAUACGUGUGAAGGGGAGACUGGACAUUGCUUUUUUAGUGUAGACUGAGAAUGAAAUCAUCCCUUACGAGCACUGUGAAUAUCUAUUAUGCAAGUUUUUGUAUUCAUAUGGAAAAAUGUUCCUGGUAGUAAUAGAUCUCUUUUUUUUGUCUUUGUAUUUAGAAUGUCUUUUAUUGUGUUGGUUUGAUUAGUUUGGUAGAGGGUAACACGUAAGCAUUUAUCAGUCAAUGUUAGGAACUAGCUGCCAAUAUUUGUAUAUAUUUUGUAAUAUACUCCUGGUAUAAUCACUCUAUUUUAAUGGUAAAAGUUUCUCCUUUCCAUGAAAGGAAUCUCUUGUUCAAAAUAAAAUAUAAAUAAUUAUAUGUAUACCUGCAAUAAAGUAUGGACAGGAAAAAGAGAAAGGUA